ACCUGCUCUUUGGGUUGAGGAACCGCCAGCAUAUAUUGUACCAAGGGCUAGUGGAUGAUGUAACAAUUUUUUGAUCUAAUAAAGUUACCGAAGUUUCAAAAAAGGGGACUCGCAGGACGCCACGGCAGGAACUCCCACCACGCGAAUCUCGCAGUCUAGAUCUUCUCGACCAGUUGACCUAGAUGGGACGACGAGGCAAGCCUCCUCGUUCGACGGCGGCCGCGUACGCGGCGGUGUCAGUUGAAGGUAUUAGUGAGCUAUCCGUCGGCCGUCACCGUUUGCUCCAUAAAUCACCCACGCCCGGAGGAAAAAGAUCAACCUUGAUCUCGAGGAAGCGACAGCGAAGCCAAUCUCCUCGUCCGGCGGCGGCGGCGGCGAUUGCCGGUAUUAGGUUCGGCCGUUUCGGAAUAUCACCAAGGAGGAGAUCGACCUCGAGGAAGCGACUACCCAAGGGUGAGGGGUCAAUCGUGUCAGGGCCCGCCAAUCUCUGCUCCUCACAGUUCGCCGCCGGUAUAGGUGGUGCUAUUAUUAGUACUAAAAUUUUGACAUUGAGACAUAUGGAAGACGACAUUGAGAAAGCAGGCAGUGCCAAGAAGCAAAAAACAGUAUCCGAGAAGGUCGUGCCUGUGAAGAAUGAUCUUAAAGUCAAGAAGAAGCUCCCUCUAAAGAAGGUUGAGAGCAGCCGGUCUGAUGAGUAUUCUUCUGAAUCUGAGGACGAGGUGAUGGUCCAACAGAAGAAGGCUGCUCGGUCCUCUAAACAGGAGUCCAGCUCUGAUAGCAGCGAUGAGAGCAGUUCUGAUGACGAACCUGCAAAAAAGCCUGCUGCAGCAUCAAAAAAACCUGCUGCACUUGCUAGCAAUGGUUCAAAAAAUGACAAGUCUGAUAGCUGUUCUGAUGAGCAUGACGACGUGAUGUUCCAACCGAAGAAGGCUGCACAAUCUGCUAAGCAGGAGUCUCACCACUCUGAUAAUAGUGGCGAGAGCAGCUCGGGCAAGGAACUUGCAAAAAAGUCUGCUGCCGCGUCAAAGAAACUUGCUGCACUUGCUAACAAUGCUUCAAAGAGUAUGAAAUUGGAUAGCAGCAGCUCUGAUAUUGGUGAUGGUGCUGAUGAUGUGAGUAUUUGUUUCACGACUUCUUCAUGACUAUUCUUUCUCUUUUGCCUAAUCUGAACUGUUAGAUAGUCGUCAAAUUGUCUUUCUUGUCUCAUCGUUUGUUAACUUCAAGCCUACGCUGUCAUAUAUGCUAUAUAUGUUGGUUGUUUUCUUUUCUUUGAUGGACCUCUUGCAGAUGCAAUAUGAAAAUAGGUUCAGUUUUUGCCCCAGAUUUAUAAUUUACUCCCUCCGUAAAGAAAUAUAAGAGCGUUUAGAUCAUUAGUAUAAGAGCGUUUAGAUCACUACUAUAUUGAUCUAAACGCUCUUAUUUCUUUAUGGAGGGAGUAUUAUGUUUUUCACAACAUAUGAUACCUGAGCACUUGAAGUGCUACAUUUCCUUUGAGUUGUGUCUUGUGUGCUGAAGGAAAAUGAAUCUUAAGUUUAUUCUAUAUUGAAGUAAUGAAUAUGGUACACAUAACUAUCGUAUAUGUUAAUCGGAAAUCCAUUUUCGCUCUAGGGAGCACAUGCUCUUGCAUGCCAAAAAUCGAUUUUACAGAUGUCCAAAAAAUUUGAAAAGAAAAUGUGUUAAUUGUCACACCCAAAUGGUACAUGCAAAUUUCCUGGAAGCAUUUUGACCUGUGCAAAAAAAAAAACAAGUUGAAUGCCAAAUGUUUUUUUAACACAGUACAGACGCAGGCGCUCACCCUAUGAACACACACACACACCCUACCCCUAUGAGCACCUCCGAGAGACUAAACCGGCAUAUCAUCUUGAGAUUGACGAAGUAACCAAACGCGCCUCGUAGUUGAUGGAACAUCUCCUCCCACUGAACGCGCAUCGCCGGAAAUCCU